AUGGUUGGAACAAAGAGAAAGAGAGACUCUCCUCCAGUGAAACUCAAAUCUAAAAAGUUUAGAAAGAGAAACCAAAAAAGAGACAAUGAAAAUAAAUUAGUACCACUGGAAAACCAAUUUGGAGCUCUUCCCAGUAGUGAGAAUGAAUCUGAUUAUGAAUACGAUUUUCCCAAUAAGAGAAGAGGACAAGAAGUUGUCUUGGUAGAGUCUGAUGAUGACCAUGAUGAUAUCUACAUUGAGUCCGAUGUUUCUGGUGAAGACUUGAAAGAUGAUGAAGAAGAAGAUGAGAGUACCAGUGCUGGUAAUGACACAAAACAAUUCAAUGAGCUUGCAAAGAAUCAAGACUUUAUUUCGUUUGACUUUAGUUCGUCAGAAGAAGAGAAAGAGGCUGGAGAGUACUCAGAUGAUGGUAUAAUCAGUAAUGAUGAAAUAAACAUACAUACCACAUCCAACCCAAGAACACUUUAUCCAUGGAUAAAGGACCAUGAUCACUCUAAACAAAAGGAGAUUGCCGAUUGGCUUACAAUGGAAAUGAAAGAUUUUGUAAACUAUAUAUCACCAUCCAAGCGUGAAAUUGAAACUCGUAACCGCGUGGUUCAGAAAUUGAAGUCUCUGAUUGGCAAAUUCUGGCCAGAAACUGAAACUCAUGUCUUUGGAUCAUGUGCAACCGAUCUUUACUUGCCUGGGUCAGAUAUUGAUAUGGUGAUUGUUUCCAGCACUGGUGAUUAUGAACAUAGAUCAAGACUCUAUCAAUUAUCGUCCUUUUUGAGAAACAAGAAACUUGCAAAGAACAUUGAAGUUAUUGCUCAUGCUAAGGUGCCGAUUAUCAAGUUUGUGGACCCAACAUCCAACAUUCAUAUUGAUGUAUCGUUUGAAAGAACAAAUGGUAUUAUGGCAGCCAAAAAGAUAAGGAGAUGGCUUUCUAGUACCCCUGGGUUACGUGAAAUGGUGCUUAUUGUUAAACAAUUUUUAAGAUCAAGAAAGUUGAAUAAUGUUCAUGUUGGAGGUUUGGGAGGUUAUUCCACGAUCAUUUUAUGUUAUCAUUUCCUCAAGUUACAUCCAAGAAUUGCUACUAAAAGUAUGGCAAUCUUGGAUAAUUUGGGCUCAUUACUCAUUGAAUUCUUUGAAUUAUAUGGAAGAAAUUUUUCGUAUGAUGAUCUUAUCUUAUCUAUUGAUCCAGAUACUGAUUUGCCCAGAUAUCUUUUAAAAAGAAGAAAUCCUGUUCUCAAUACAUCUAAGAAUCCAUUCGCUAUUGUCAUUCAAGAUCCUAGUGACCCUUCAAAUAAUAUCACAAGAUCUUCAUAUAAUUUGAGAGAUUUGAAGAAGGCAUUUGGUGGUGCAUACCAAUUACUUGUUGACAAAUGUUAUGAACUUCAUUCUGCAUCUUACAAGGGCCGUAUUGGGCAACUGAUCUUGGGUGAUAUUAUUAAGUACCGCGGUGAAGAAAGAGACUUCAACGAUGAUAGAGAUAAAGUUGCAAACCAUGCCUUGGUAAGUCAUGAAGACGAUGUCAAUGAUGAUGAGGAAAGCGACGGUGCUGAAGGUAAUGACAAAUAUUAUUACUCGGAUAUGACCGUGGAGAGUGAAGAAGAUACAACAUUUGUUAAGGAAAAAGGUGAAAAUCCAGCUGAAAGUCAAAAGAGAGCUGUAGAGCUUAUGAGUAUUACUGUUGAUUCUGAAUCUGAGGAAGAAUUAGAUAAAUCCAAAGAUUUGAAGAAUGCGUCAAUUGAAGACGAAGAAUCUUCCACUGCUGGAUUGCCCAAAAAACCUAAGGUGAAUCUUGACAAAGACAUACGAAGGGACUACUGGAGACAAAAGGGAUUAGAGCUAUAG